AUGCCCGCGUACGAGCGAGGCGCGCGCCCACCCACUCCUGCUCCAGGCUACCCCAUCGGCAAGGGUGCUGACCUGUUCAUCAGCGUGUGGAACCUGCACCGCUCCCCCCACCUCUGGAAGGACCCCGACACCUUCAGGCCGGAGCGCUACGAGGAGGUGCACACAAACCCCCAGUACGGCGGCAAGUGGGCCGGGUACCAGCCGGAGGCUGGCAGGGGCGCCCUCUACCCGAAUGAGGUGGCCUCAGACUUCGCAUUCAUCCCCUUUGGCGGCGGCGCCCGCAAGUGCAUCGGCGAUCAGUUUGCGCUUUUCGAGGCGACGGUGGCCUUCGCGAUGCUGCUGCGGCGGUACACGUUCAGGCUGGCGGCGACGCCGCAGGAGAUUGGGAUGGCGACAGGCGCCACCAUCCACACCGCAAACGGCAUGAUGGUGUCUGUGUCGCGCCGGCAGGCGCCAGGCAGCUCCGCCAGCGCGGGCGGCCAGCAGCAGCAGCCCGUGGCGGUGUAA